GCUCAGAUUGCAGAGAUCACCGAGAUGGAGAAAGACGCGGAAGAGACCGUGGAGGCCUUGUCCGAGGAGCUGGAUCGCUGCAAUGCUAAGUUGGCAGCAAGUGAAAACAAGAGGAGGGAGCUCGAGUACCACUUGGAGGAUACUUCUGCAAAGCUUACCAGCGUCCAAGAUGAGCUGGCCCAGUGCCAGAUCGACACCGCACAAGCCCUGACUGCCGCGAGCGACGACCAUGCGCUCCUGAAGGCGGAGUCAGAAGCAGAAAUCCGCAGACUCCGGGCUUUGCUGGAAGACUCGGAUGGCAGCGACCUCCUCUCCCCGCAGCAUCUCCUGCUUCCUUCCCAGGAGGGCCUAUCGCCAAAGUCUGGCACUGGCUCUGUGCAGAGCUCCGCAGGAAACUCAGUAUGGACGUGA